GGCCGAGAGGAUUUGGAGGCGUGUGUUUUGCUCGCGCGCGCGCCAAAAAGAAAGGCCGGUUAGCUUUGGCCGCUGUUGUCCGACGAGAUCUACUCUUUCAGGCCACCAUGUUCUGUGAGAAAGCCAUCGAGCUCAUUCGGGAACUCCACCGCUCCAGCGACGGGCAGCUUCCUUCUUUCAAUGAGGAUAGGAUCAGACAAGUACUUGAGGAGAUGAAAGCAUUGUAUGAACAUAACCAGACUGAUGUAAAUGAAGCUAAAUCAGGACACAGUGAGCUGAUUCCAACAAUCAAGUUUCGCCACUGCUGUCUGCUGAGAAAUCGACGAUGUAUUAUUGCAUACCUGUAUGACCGCUUACUUCGCAUCCGGGCUCUUAGGUGGGAAUAUGGUAGUGUGUUGCCAAAUGCUGUCCGAUUUCACAUGUCAGCUGAUGAAGUGGUGUGGUUCAACCAGUAUAAAAAGUCUUUGGCUACCUAUAUGAGAUCGUUAGGAGGAGGAGAUGGGUUGGACCUUACACAGGACAUUAAACCCCCCAAAAGCUUGUACAUAGAAGUUCGAUGUUUAAAAGACUAUGGAGAAUUUGAGAUUGAUGAUGGCACAACAAUUCUGUUGAAGAAAAAUAGUCAGCAUUUUUUACCACGCUGGAAAUGUGAGCAGUUAAUCAGACAGGGUAUUUUGGAGCAUGUCCUUUCUUAACUUGCUGUUCACAAGACUAAGUAUCUAAAAACUAAAUAUUUUAGCACAUUUUAAAAUAGGGGUAAGUAUAAAACAUCCCACAAUGUUGUCUUUGGGGAAAAAAGACUUAAAGUCGCUGUUGUGAGAACUGCAUGAGUACUUCAUGAAGAGGAAAAAGGAGAAUAUAUGGCUAACCAUUUUAGAAGAUUGCUAUCCUGAAACAAGUGGAUUUUCUUUUAUGUUCAUAGUUUUUUCAAGUCCUGCCUUUAUUUCUGGACAUGUUUUUGCCAGAUGGCAUUGUGUUGCUGAAUGUUAAGAAAUCCACCAUAAGAUACUAUGGCCUCUGUGGAUUUUGUGGUUGAAAAAAUAUUUCAUGCAAGCUCCUAAUAUUAGCAAGUUGCUGGUAGAAGCUGUUUCCCUUAAACAGAAGCAUAUACCUUCCUUUGUAAAUUGAGGGCUUAAAACAGUUCUUGAGCUACAGUUUGUUCUGAUAGUGUAGCACACAGUUUAAAUCUAACCCAAUACCUGCUACUUUAUGUUAUGAGGUUUGUAGAGAGUUUAAAUUUUAUCUUGAAGAUCAAGCUAUUAUUGCAAGAUGACAGGACUGGAGCAUUGGGUCCUGAUAUAUGAGUAGGGAGAUACUUGUAAUAGAAUAGCGAUCAAAGCAUAUGUAGUACAAGAGUUGAAUGAAAAGUUGUCAUUAGAAUACUUUUGCUUUAAUUAGCCAGAUUGUACCUUAUUAAAACUAUAUUAUAUAUGUAAA